AAAUGUUCUAUUGUACAGUGAAAGAUUAGGAGAUGGUAUUUAAAUAAGGAGAUAAGGGAAGUUCAUAUUUUUUGAUUGAAAGAGGUUAAUGCUAAAUAAUAAUAAAUAAUGAUGUAAAGAAAACCUUAAAAUCUGGAGAAGCAUUUGGGGAAUUAGCCUUAUUGUACAAUGCUCCAAGAUCUGCUUCAGUGAAAGCCAUUGGAGGUACUGAAUAUCGUAAUAUUUAGACUGUGCCUUCUGGGCCAUAGAUAGAAAUACAGUUAGAAAAGUGAUAGAGGAAAUCUCGUUGAAGGAUUACGAAUAGAAUAAGGAGUUUAUACAGAAAGUUCAAUUUUUUGGUAAUUAAAUUAAAUAAUGAAAUAGAGUCACUUACUGAUGAUUAAAGAACUGCAAUUACAUCUGUUCUGAUAACUCUUAACUUUAAAGCAGGAGAGAUAAUUGUGAAUGAAGGUGAUUAAGCCGAUUCGUUUUUUAUAAUCAAAAAAGGAGAAAUAGAAAUAUUUAAAGGAGGCAAAUAGUUGAGGAUCAUGUAACAGGGAGACUCUUUAGGUGAAUAAGCAUUGCAAAGUAACUCUGUUAGAGGGGCAACAGCCAAAGCACAUAAAGAUGUCAUACUAUUGGCAUUGUCAAGAGAUGAUUUGACUAGAAUAUUGGGAGAUAAAAUAUAGACUAUUAUGUUCUUGAAUUUAUAAAGAUGGGCAUUUGAAAGGCAUCCUAUAUUGAAAUAACUUACUAAACUUUAAGUAGAAAGGAUAGUAAGUAGUAUGGAAUAAAAAUAAUUUAAAUAAGGAGAAGUAAUAUUGGAGAAAGGGUAAUAAUGUACUCAUUUGAUCGUUGUUCUAACUGCUAAUAUGUAAUAUGGAUAGCAAUCGAUUGAGAAAGGGUAAAUGUUUGGUGAUAAGUUUUUGGAAUAAUAAAAUUAAAAUUUAACUGAUUCUUUGAUAAUGAAAUCAGACGGAUUGAUAAGUCAGAUAUAAAUUAAAGUCUUUUUUGAAAUUAUUGGUGGUACUUUAGAACAAAUCUUUUUAAAAAAUGAGAAAGCACAUGAUAGAUUCAUCAAAAAAGAAGAAGGAUAAAAGAAAGAUUAAUAUGAUCAUUUUAAAUUAGAUGAAUUAAUCUCAAUAAAAAAAUUAGGUCAAGGUUAAUUUGGUAAUGUCUAUCUAGUUCAUAAUAAAACCGAUAAGAAAAAUUAUGCUCUCAAAUGCAUAUCAAAAUUUUAAAUAAUUGAAUAAAAUCUGGAAAAGCAUUUGGCCCAGGAAAAAUAAACUUUGCAAACUGCCAACUUCCCACUUAUUAUGCAUUUCGUUAAAAGCUUUUAAGAUAAAAACUACAUCUACUUUCUAGAGGAAUACAUCAAAGGAAUGGAAUUAUUCGAUGUUAUUAGAGAAAUUGGACUGUUAAAUACUUACGAUUCUCAAUUUUAUAUUGGAUCACUAAUUUUAUGUAUGGAAUAUCUCCAUCUCAAUAAUAUCAUUUAUAGAGAUAUUAAACCAGAAAAUAUUAUGGUUGAUGAUAAAGUAAAUAGUAAAUUUAUUUUAAGGGGUUUAUGAAGUUAAUCGAUCUGGGAACUGCUAAAAAUCUUAAAAACAAGAAUGGUAGAACAUAUACUAUAAUUGGAACCCCUCAUUAUAUGGCUCCAGAAAUAAUAUCUGGAAAAGGAUACACUUAUUCCGUUGAUCUUUGGUCUAUAGGGAUAUGCUUGUAUGAAUUUAUGUGUGGUAAUGUUCCCUAUGCAGAAGAUGCAGAAGAUCCGUAAAUCUUAAUUUAAAUUAUUUAGAUAUGAUAUUUACGAGGAAAUCUAAAAGAAAGCUUUGAGCUUCCCUUCUGUUCUCAAAGAUAGAAAGGCAAAGAAGCUGAUCGAAUAACUUUUAAGCAAAACUCCUGAGUUGAGAUUAGGAUCAUCAUAUGCAAGCUUAAAAAACAAUUAAUUCUUUGAACACUUUGAUUACGAUUCGUUAAUGAAUAGAGAUUUAAAGCCUCCAUACCUUCCGCCUAAGAGCAAAUUAUAAAGUGAUAAGGAAAUCUAAAAAGCAAUCUAGGCUGGAAAACUAAUUACUGAAGAAAUUAAGGUAUCACCAAUCUUUAUUUUUAGAGUGAUCCAACAACAACUAAUAACAUAUAUAAACCAGAAAAAGCCAGAGAUCCUAAUUGGGAUAAGGAUUAUUGAAUUAAAAUUUAUUUCUUAUGCUAU